UGCUGUCUUGUUCCGUUUCUGUAUCCAUUCACCAGUUUGCGGACGAUGCGAUCUACGUUUUGCAUGAGCAGACGAGUGAUGGCGAGAACCAAUCUUCUUCUGCUCCGAUCGUUUUCUUUUCAUACCGGAAGUUUCUCUGACGCGUCAGCUCAAAUCGCGGCCAUUCUUAACCAGGGAAACUGGCACGAGGCGUUGCAGUCGUCGAACCUUUCCAACGAGAUAAACCCAGAUGUUGUUCUCUCCGUUAUUCGAUCCAAGCGCGUCGUUGACCCCGUUCGGCUUUUGGGUUUCUUUAACUGGGUUGAUUCUCAGAAGGGUGUGGAGCAGAAACUGGAUUCCUUUUCGUUUCUUGCUUUAGUUCUGUGUAAUUCUGGUAGUUUUGGGCAAGCUCAUAAUGUUGCACUUCGGAUGAUUGAGAAACGAUUGCCGAUCUCUGAGAUUUUGGGCUCGGUUGUGAGAUGCCAUAGAGAAUUUGCAGGAAGUAGCAAUGGAGUUUUGUUCUGGGUUCUGAUUGAUGGGUACAUUUACAAAGGGUUUCUGGACGAAGCUGUUAUAGUGUUCUGUAGCACCAAGGAUGUCGAGCUGGUUCCUCGUUUGGCUCAAUGUAAUCAUUUGUUGGAUGCGUUAUUGAAGAAGAAUCGGCUGGAUUUAUUUUGGGGUGUGUAUAAUGGGAUGGUUGAAAGAAAUAUAGCUUUGGAUGUUUUCACUCAUGAAAAGUUGAUCGACGCACAUUGCAGGGCUGGAAAUGCUAAAGAGGCAAAAGAGAUUCUUCUGAAAUUGGAAGGAAAGCUGGGAAAUGCAAGUGUGACUGCGUAUUGUUUGGUAAUUGAUGAGUUGUGUAAAACGGGGAAUCUUGAUGAAGCGCUCGAGCUGAAGAAGGCAAUGAUUGGCAAAGGGUUUGUGCCACUGAAACGAAUAUAUAAUGUACUUAUAGAUGGAUUAUGUAAGCGAAAGAGAUUAAAAGAUGCAAACUUGAUGCUGGAAGAGAUGCAUAGCUUUGGUGUGUGUCCUGAUAAUGUUGCCUAUGAUAUCUUUGUUGAUGGGUUACUAAAGGAUGGAGCUGUAGAAGCUGGGGUUGAUCUGAAUAAAACGAUGGCUUCCCAUGGAAUCAACAUUAAUCCUAUGAUGUAUGAUGGCUUUAUAUGUGCAAUGUCAAAGGUAGGGGAGAUGGAGAAGGCAAAGGCUCUGUAUGAUGAGAUGAUCUCAUUAGGAAUAUCACCAACUGGUCGGGUUUCUACCUUUUUGAUUCAGGGUUACUUUCGACAGAAGAAAGUGGAAAAGGUAUUUGAGUUACUCAUUGAGAUGAAAGGGUGGAACAUUGAAAUAACUCCAUACACUUAUGGUGUUGCAGUGAUUGGAUUGUGUGGCUCUGGAGAUCUCGAUAGAGCACAUAACAUUGUAAAGGAAAUGGUUGAAAACAGCCACAAACCAAAUGUGGUUAUCUAUACAACUCUGAUCAAAAGCUACCUCCAGAAGAGUAGGUUCGGAGAUGCAGCAAAGGUGUUAAAAGAGAUGAAGGAACAGGGUAUUAUGCCUGAUACCUUUUGCUAUAAUUCUCUCAUAAUUGGCCUUUCAAAGGCCAAAAGGAUGGAAGAAGCAACAUGUUAUCUGGCUGAAAUGGUCGAGAGUGGACUUAAGCCAAAUGCAUACUCCUAUGGAGUUCUUGUUCAAGAGUAUAUAGAGGCAGGGGAGUUUACAGUUGCAGAGAAGUAUAUGAAAGAGAUGUUGGGAUGUGGUGCAAUUCCAAAUAAAGUCAUUUACACAGAUUGGAUCAGAGGAUACUGCAAAAAGGGAAAUAUAACAGAGGCAGUUUUGAUGUUUAGGUCCAUGCUUGAACUAGGGAUAGAAGGGGAUGCUAAGACGUACACUGUUCUUCUGAGCGGUCUUGUUAAAAAUGGUAAACUUAAAGAUGCAGUGGAGAUUUUCUCAGAGAUGCGUGAAAAGGGCAUAAGACCUGAUGCCAUUGCUUACAGUACACUCAUCGAUGGGUUUUCUAAGUUGGGAAUUAUGCACGAGGCUACUCGUAUUUAUAGAGAGAUGGUUCAAGAAGGUUUGACUACCAAUGUCAUCACAUGCAAUACGUUACUCGGCGGUUUAUGCAAAUCUGGUGAAAUCGAGAGAGCUAAGGAACUGCUUGAUGGAAUGUGGGGAAAAGGCUUGUCCCCCACUGUGGUGACUUAUUCUAUAGUUAUUGAUGGGUGUUGCAAAUAUGGGAAUUUGGCAGAGGCUUUUCGGUUAUUCGAAGAGAUGAAACUAAAGGGGCUGGUGCCUGAUAGUUUUGUGUAUACAAUACUUGUGGAUGGAUGUUGCAGAAUGAAUGAUAUGGACAGGGCUCUGACCCUCUUCUUGGAGACAAUCGAUAAGGGCUGUGCCUCCAUAGCCUCUUUCAAUGCUUUGAUCAAUUGGGUUUGCAAGUUAGGAAAAGUAGAAUUGAUAGAUAAGCUAAUGGAUGGGAGGUUUGAUAAGCAUGUGAAGCCAAAUCGUAUAACUUACAGUAUUCUGAUUGAUUAUUUGUGCAAGGAAGAAAACCUGGAUGCUGCGGAAGAGUGCCUCCGUGAGAUGCAAAAGAAGAAUCUGAUGCCAAAUGCUGUAUCUUAUACUCCCCUCCUAUACGCUUAUGAUAAAGUAGGUAAAAGAUACAAGAUGUUCUCUCUUUUUGAUGAGGCUGUGGCUAAAGGCGUUGAACCCGACAAAGUAAUGUAUGGUGUUAUUGUUAGUGCACUCUUGAAGGAAGGGAAGCUGACAAAAGCAAUCAUGAUCAUGGAUCAAAUGUUUGCCAGGAGCACUGUUUUGCAUCAAGAUCUUUUCGAUUUACUAGUUGAAGUUCUUUGCAGGAACCAGGAAGAGUUACCAGUUUCUAAGUUGCUCGCGGAGAUUACAGAUAAAAGGUGUGAGCUAAGUGUUACUACAUGCUGUGUUCUACUCUCUGGUUUGUCUGAAGCCAGAGGAAUGGAGACGGCAGAGAAAGUUAUGGAGGACAUGAUUCGAUUGGAAUGCAUUCCUGUCGACAGU